UCCUGGACCUGCCCUAACUCAGUUCCCUCACAGCAGGAUGGACCCAGGUGAGGAGCUGGAGGAUGAAGACUCUCCAGGUGGUCGUGAAGAUGGCUUCACUGCUGAGCACCUGGCUGCAGAGGCCAUGGCAGCUGACAUGGACCCCUGGCUAGUAUUUGACGCCCGCACCACACCUGCCAAAGAGCUGGAUGCCUGGUUGGCCAAAUACCCACCAUCCCAAGUUACCCGCUAUGGGGACCCUGGCUCGCCCAACUCUGAGCCUGUGGGCUGGAUUGCAGCAUAUGGGCAGGGCUACAUCCCCAACUCGGGUGAUGUACAGGGCCUACAGGCAGCCUGGGAGGCUCUGCAGACCAGCGGGCGGCCCAUCACACCAGGUACCCUGCGCCAGCUGGCCAUCACCCACCACGUGCUCUCGGGCAAGUGGCUGAUACACCUAGCACCUGGCUUCAAGCUGGACCACGCCUGGGCUGGCAUUGCCCGGGCUGUGGUCGAGGGUCGGCUUCAAGUGGCCAAGGUGAGCCCACGGGCCAAGGAGGGCGGGCGCCAGGUUAUCUGCGUUUAUACAGACGACUUCACGGACCGCUUAGGUGUACUGGAGGCAGAUGCAGCCAUCCGUGCAGCAGGCAUUAAGUGUCUGCUCACCUACAAGCCUGAUGUCUACACCUACCUGGGCAUCUACCGGGCCAACCGCUGGCACCUCUGCCCCACUCUCUAUGAGAGCCGUUUCCAGCUGGGGGGCAGUGCCCGUGGCUCCCGUGUCCUGGACCGUGCCAAUAAUGUGGAACUGACCUAGUGGGGCCAAGUCGAGGAGACCACCCUUGGCUCCCCCUUCUAGGGAUGGAUCCUCUCGUCUUCCGACUCCUUGUCCCAAGGAGGUCAAGCCCCCCACCCCCCGAGCUCUGGAGACUAGGUCACUCGGGAACUGCCUGCAACUUCUGUCCCCUUGAACUUCUGCCCUCUGUUCAGGGCUGAGUCACGUCCCUACCAGCUGGAGGCUCUGGCUCUCUGAGGGCCAGACCCUCAGCCUCUCGGCUGCUGCUCCCCUCUCAUUCAGGACCACAGGCUAGGUGCAGACACCCAGGAGAAGAGCCUUCCUGGGCCACCCUCAUCGCUGACCAUACCUCCCCCUCCCACAUCCUCCCCUUCUCUUCCUCACAAGAGAGAAGACUUAGUGUUUUCCAGUUUCUCUUCUUGAAGCCUUCAGCAGUCCAGGGGGCAGAGGCCCUGCAGGCCUGGGCAUGCCAUUUUGUGGGGGUAAUUGUUCUCACACAGCCCCUGGCAGAGAGAGAGGUUGCCAGGGCCAUGGACACAGGGCCUGCCCCUCCCUUCCACCUCAUAGCCUGCACCACCAUCCCACCUUCCUCCUUUCUUUGGCUGCAUUGUCAUGUGCCUGCUCCUGGCAUUUCAAUAAAACCCAGCUUGGGUCUGUGUCUUGCA